GACUCAGGCAAAGCGCGGCCGCGCAGGGCUCCGCGCGCAGUCCAGCCCGGCCCUGCCCUGCCCGCGCGGGCGGCGCGAUGUGAGGCGCCGAGGCCCCCGCGUCCCCGCGCCCGCCAGCUCCGCGCAGCGCCGGCGCCAGCAUGCGCUAGCAACGUCUCUGCUGACCGAAGGCGAGGACCGGCCCGCUCCUCAUCUCUGCGUCUCCGUCGCCCGGCCCAGUGCCUGCACACACCCUCCCGCAGACACAGGUCUCCCAGACAAGAUGGCGGCCAAGCAGCCUCCCCCUCUCAUGAAGAAGCACAGCCAGACGGAUCUCGUGAGCCGUCUGAAGACCCGCAAGAUCCUCGGCGUGGGUGGGGAGGACGACGACGGGGAGGUCCACCGCUCCAAGAUCAGCCAGGUCUUGGGCAAUGAAAUCAAGUUUACUGUUCGCGAGCCUUUGGGGCUGAGGCUCUGGCAGUUCGUGUCUGCUGUGCUCUUCUCCGGCAUUGCCAUCAUGGCCCUCGCCUUCCCCGACCAGCUCUAUGAUGCCGUCUUCGACGGGGCCCAGGUGACCAGCAAGACCCCCAUCCGCCUCUACGGCGGCGCGCUCCUCAGCAUCUCCCUGAUCAUGUGGAACGCGCUCUACACGGCGGAGAAGGUCAUCAUCCGGUGGACUCUGCUCACCGAAGCCUGCUACUUCGCGGUGCAGUUCUUGGUGGUCACUGCCACGCUGGCCGAGACGGGUCUUGUGUCCGUGGGGAUCUUGCUGCUCCUGGCCAGCCGCCUCCUCUUCGUUGCCAUCAGCAUUUACUACUAUUACCAAGUCGGCCGAAAACCCAAGAAAGUCUAGCCACCGGCCAGCUGGGGCCCUGCUGGGCAGGGAGGCCCUGGCGCCUUCGUCUCCCUUCGGUUCCUGGCCGGCAGGAAGGACCCUGGGCUGCCCAGCCCUGCCCCCGGCAGGCGGGGGGGCCGCCCUCCUCUCUGGAUGCUGGGAUCUUCUGGGCUUGUAGGUUUUGGGGGGAUGGGGCCUCUGCACCCCGUCCUUCACCACACAGUGACGCCCCCUUUUCCUGAGUCUCUUGGCCCCCUGGACAGACACCGACUGAAGAGUUUGAGCCACGGGGCAUUGGGCUAGGGCGAGGCUCCCCGCCUCGGCCAGGAGGCCCUCCUUUCUUGGCAGGGAGGCUGUGGCCUGCCUCCCUGUCCUGCCCCCACAGUUCCCCCCCACCGAGUCUAGUGCCGGAGCUAGAAGCCCGGAACUGGGCUUCUGUCUGUGCUGGAAAAGCCAGGAACUUGACCCUGUCCCCCUGCACCUCACAUGUGGGGGCCCCGCCACCUGCUGAGCACACACCCCGGCCCCUCCCACAGCCCAGCUGGGGCUGGCGGGUGGCGGGGCUGCCUCUGACUGCGCACUCCCCUUACAGCCUUUCUGCGAGCUGGGCCACAUGCAGCCAGAGCCCUGUCCCCAGGCAGCCUGGCUACCACGGGCCUCCUGGGGCUUUGCUCUAGGCUCCCCUGGAGGCCCCUAGGUGCCCCCACCCCACAACGGCCUGGGUCUGGAGGCUGCCCGGGCUUCACCCACAGGCUGGCCCUGAGAGAGGGACACACAGAUAACCCCAGAUGGAGGCCACCUGAAAGGGAUGGGGUUUGGGGUGAGGAAGAAAGAAAAGCAGUGGCAUCUCCUUGUCUCUUGGUGUGUCCUCUGGGUCUGAUGUCCGCCUGGCUCAGCCCCUCCCCACCCAUGCCCCCUCCCCAGGCUACUGCCCCCUGGACCUCCGGCCUGGGCUGCCCCCCAGGCCUGGCGGACUAGGAUUGAGUGCUCUUCAAACUCUGCGGGGAAAAUACACGGAAACAUUUCAGUAGGUCCCCCCCCACGGCCCCAGUGCUCUGGACAAGGUGGCCGGCCCGCAGAGCUGAAGCCCAUGCCUGUCUACAGCACCGUGUGCUCCCCAUUAGUCCCCGCCCCCAGCGCUCUCCUUCCCUCUGGGACAAGAAUGUGCCCACCAGGGAUGGCAGCCCCCGGGUUCUGGGGACAGGGGUGGAGAGCCGCAGCCCAGGCCCGGACUCACUGCCCCUCUUGGGAUAGAGUGUGUGUAGGGGGCAAUGGAUGGUCCUUAGGGGGUGAUGGACGGUCCCCAGGGGUGAUGGACGGUCCUUAGGGGUGGUGGACAGCCCUGCCCUUAGGGGGCGAUGGACACUCCCCAGGGGCAAUGGACGGUCUUAGGGGGAGAUGGACGGUCCUCAGGGGUGAUGGAUGGUCCUUAGGGGCGGCCCCGGUCUGGCUGCUGCCAGGUGGGCAUCUGCCUGGGGACCUUCCUUGGCCCACACGGGGCCCCACACUGCCCUCCCCUGUGCCCAGCAGAGCGGUGGCACCACUGCAGCGCCACACCUGAGGGGAGGCCCCGCGGGAGGGAGCCUGGUCACAGACACAGGGCCGCUCUUCCCUGGCUUCCGUCUCUUGCCUCUGAAGUUUGUGUGUCUCCCCAGAACCCUGCCCCCCGCUGAGCCCUGGGCGGCCGGGAUCCCAUGGUCGCCUUUGGGAGGUGGUGUUGGUGGCCACUGGGCAGUGGCUGCGGGCCAAGGCCACGUCUUCCGUCUGACCGUGCCUUUUAAGGCCUGGCUAGUCCACAGUGGGUGAUGGACGGUUUGUCCUCAUGACCCCUGGGCGCGGGAUAGAUUCCCCUGGGAGGCAGGCAGGGGAGCGGGGGCACAGGCUUGGGAUUCGGGCUCUGGGUUGGCAUCUCUGAGGCUGAGCCGGCCAAGCUCCCUCCCUCAGCUGGGGGCAGGGGGGCGGGGUGGCAGUAAGGACCCGCUGGCAUGGGAAUGUCCGGGCUGUGGCACAGCAGUGCUGUGAAUCCCAUGCUGCUUGCUUAGACAUGGGAGGGAGGGGGCCUGGCACACAGACACACGGCCCUGGGGUGGGGGUGGGGGCACAUUAAGGCCAAGAGUCGUGGUUGGGGUGGGGGCAGUUACAAGGGGACAAGGACAAAGAACCCACCAAUCUAGUGAGGAGGCCUGUGUGGGCCCAGCUCCCCAUCCAAAAGGUUUGGGGGGAUCCAGAAAACUUGCCACAGGGACCCAGGGCCGUCUUGCCAAGCUCCUGCCCCCCCAGCCCCUCCCCUCAAAUCAAGACCACCUUUCUUCACGGUCACUAUUUAUUCUUCGUUCCUUUGUCUUUUUGUAAGAAACAGUCACAAAAACCAGUGCAAACCCA